UCUCCAUAGCAAUAUGGAUUUUACGGCAAGGGAAACCGCAUGGCGCUCCCAGGCAGAGAAUCUUUUUGGUACUAUGAUGGCUACAGGUGGAUCUGAUUCGGAGUCCACUCGUGUUUUAAAGAAUUCCUUACGUAAUUUAAUACAUCGGCGCACAAAGAUAUGGUGGAACAGGACUUCGCUUGAGCAGUAUAAAUCCAGGGGUCUUAUCCCCCGGGGGCUGCGUAUCCAAACAUUUCCCGCAUAUGGCAAAGAGGACGAGGUCUUUUCGAAAGCUUGGGAGGAGGUAUGUCAUAAGAGUGCAAUGACUUUUAUUCAGCUGAUUGUUGAUCUUAAUACAAGGACCCUGGAUGCCCUGUCAGGUGAAAUUGAUUCAGCCAUGAAGCAGCUACAGGAGAUAACAUCAUCGCAGGAAUAUGAUAUUUUCCUGAAAGAAAUGGAGGAAUCCUUUGUGGUCUGGGAAAAACAGAUCCAAUCCCAAAAGUCGAGUAAGUUCCAACGAGAUGUGAAUGACUACCAGAACCAAAAGGUGUAUAAGUGGAAAUUUCAUACUAGAACCAGGAGUGAAUCUGUCUCCUCACGGACCUCUCGUGAUACAGUCUCAGACAUUUCAUCUAUUGCAUCCACAUCAUCACGGGUCCAACCACAUAGAAGCAAAAAGAACACCUCUUCUGGGUCAUCCUCUCGCAGACGAUAUGAACGAAAUACUCACCAUGAUAAUCAGCGACAUUCCAUGAAGGCUGAGUUACGACAAAUUUUGAAUCAAGCGAAAGAUGAGGACAUCAUCACCUCUAAACAAUAUGAUUCUUUGUGGAUCGACAACCCGAUGAUCGCCACCUUCUAUUUACUACCAAAGAUCCAUAAGCAUGCCACUACACCACCAGGGAUACGACGGAUGUUUUGAAACGAAUGGAACACAUCCAUAUGGACAGCGAUAUGCUUAUUGUAACAUGCGAUGUAGAGUCACUCUAUACUUCUAUUCAUCACGCUGAUGGUCUAAGAGCAGUCCAAGCUUUCCUGAUGAUGUCUGAAGUGGAUGAUAAUCUGAUGUGGACGACCAGGGAUAUGUCCAAUCCAAUCUGUUUCGAAAACCAACUGCAACCAACUCUCUGCUGCAUGCACAAUCAGCACAUCCACCAAGCCUAAUUAAAGAUUCAGAGAACGAGGCUAUAAGGAACAAUGGCUCAGGAGAGCAUAUCUGAGAGCGAAACACACCAAGAGAGAUGCCCUUUUGCAACCGAAGCCUCGUGAGAAACGGGAUAACCAGGAUUUCAUGUGAUACCAUAGGGGUGAUAUAUCACGCAACAUGCCCCUGCGGCCUCAUAUACAUCGGGAUGACGACUCGAGAGCUUCGCAGACGUACACGAG